AUGUCGAUGGAAGAAGGAUGGUGGACCACAGGUUUCUUGUCAGAUAGUGAUGCAGCCCUCUCUGCAGCGUCGAGGACGUCCCCUGAGGCGGACUUGGAGCGUUUGACCCUCUGGUGUUUGGGCAGAUUCCAGGGCAAAGUGUCUCCUGGACACGGAGCGCUGCUUCUCUCUCCAAGACCCUCCUCCAGUGGGAUCCGACUGGGAGCAGUGUCCUUGCGUCUAUCCCUUCGUGUUGCCAUCUCCUGA